AACGUGUUUGUCUUCUUGUGGCCUGCAGACGUCUGUGAAGAACAUCUUCUCCCUGAGCAACAGAAGUGGAGCUUCAGGAUGGAGCCACAGCCCUCCCACAUUAAAAAGGAAAAGAAACACCCACUGAUCCCCCAUUUUAAAGCGGAAGAGGAUGACCCACUGACCACUCACAUCAAAGAGGAAGAGGAGGACUCAUUGACCCCCAAUUUUAAAAAGGAAGAGGAGAAGCCACUAAUAACCCAUUUUAAAGAGGAAGAGGGGGACCCACUGACACCCCAUUUUAAAAAGGAAGCGGUGGAUCCACUGAGCCCUCACAUUAAAGAGGAAGAGGAGGAAGAGGGCAUCAGUCAGCCUAAAUGGUUGGAGGAGUUCCCAGUGACUGGUGUCCCUGUGAAGAGUGAAGAUGAUGAGGUGAAAGGUGAAAGUGAGGAGAGGGGAGGGGGGGAGCCUCCAAGCAGCAGCUCAACACAACACAUGACAACAGAAGCUGAUGGAGACCACUGUGGAGGAUCACAAGCAGACAAGCUCUUAGCUCCACUAUCAGAUAGUGAGGACACAACGUCACACUCUCCUGACACUGAUGAUGAAGACUCUAAAGAUGAUAAGACAUGUCACACUGACAACACUCGCUUCACAUGUUCUCACUGUCACAAAACUUUUAAAUAUCCUAGUAAAUUGAAAAGACACAUGAGAACACACACUGGAGAAAAACCUUUUUCAUGUUCAAACUGCGGUAAACAUUUUACUCAGAGGCCAGAUUUAAAAGUACACAUGAGAACACACACUGGAGAAAAACCUUUUUCAUGUUCUAUCUGUGGUAAAGAUUUUACUCAGAGGCCACAUUUGAAAGUACACAUGACAACACACACUGGAAAAAAACCUUUUUCAUGUUCUAUCUGUGGUAAAGAUUUUACUCAGAGGCCACAUUUGAAAGUACACAUGAGAACACACACUGGAGAAAAACCUUUUUCAUGUUCAAUCUGCGGUAAAGAUUUUACUCGAAGGGAAAAUUUCAAAAAACACAUGAGAAUACACACUGGAGAAAAACCUUUGCGCAACGGCACUAUUUGAAAGAACACGUGAGAACACACACUGGAGAAAAACCUUUUACAUGUUCAGUAUGUUGUAAAAGUUUUUUACAAAGUCAGCAUUUGAAAAGACACAUGAGAAGACACCCAGGAGAGAAAGUGUUGAGUUGCAGUGUGUGUGGUGAAAGAUUGUCUUCUAAGUACCAGUGUAAGAAACACAAGUGUGCUGGUGAGAACAGCAGCAGCAAAUGAAACUGCAGGAUUUGAAAUAAACUGUCAAGACUUUAACUUUGACCUUCUAAAAACAUCAGCACAUAGUUUCUAAGAUUUAUAGAUGAGAUAUUUUAGAUUAUUACCUUUUUUCAGUCAAGUACUACACAUGACAAGUGUUUUUUAAAGUUGUUCAUGAUUUAUCCCCCUUUUUUAGAAUUCCUCAAACAUUAUCAAUUUCAGAAAACAUGGGAAUGUUUGGAAUGUUUGGGAAAAGUUAAUUAUGUACAUCAUCCCACAGAGCUUUACUGUACAUCCAUCCAUUUGUUCUACCACUUGUCUCUUUCAUUUUAUAUGUAUAGCAUUUAAUCACAUACUUGUCCGCCAAAGGGUGUUGCGUUUUGGAGGAACUCCUUCUGUCAGAGUGCUGGUCACACUUCUUUUACUGCGGAAAUCUACUCACAAAAACAAUCCAAACAGUAGGAAACAAAAAACGAUGGUGCGAAAAAGACAAGACUAAAUGUGCAUUUUGGAAAAAAUAACAAAAGCUACUUCUAUACACAAAUAAACUCAACUUGGUUUGGAGUUACAAGACGUGCACACUACAAAACAACACCAAGAUGGAUGGCACUGGGAAUGGCCAAGGUAGCAAAAUACUCAAAGCAUGUAAUCAACUGGCGUGUAAUGGAAUCGCCGAGUGCCAUCCAGCUGUCAAGGUGCUGCUUAAGUAGCACCAGGGUCAAUUGGAAGCAGCUGUGCACGUCCCACAACUCCGCCCACAAAGGCAACACAGGAACUCUAGGAGGAAGGAGAAUUGUAAGAACAAGGUCAACUGCACCAAAAGACGAAAACUGACUGUUGGAGCCAAAUUUCCUUAUUUGCUUAUA